AUGAAGUAGGAAAAAGAAAUGCCAUUUAAUGGAGAUUUUGAAGAUAGUGAAGCAGAUGAAGAUGAAGUUUCAUAAGAAUCGGAGAGUGAAGAAGAGCAAAUCUAAGUAAAAAAGAAAAAAAAGAAAGUUGUAAAUUCUAGCAAGAAGUUAAUAAUGAAUGUUUCAGGUAUAUAAUAAAUAAUUAAAUAGACACUUAGUAUCCUGUUGUUAAAUUUGUAGGAAAAAUGAUUUACAAAUUUAAGUUGUCUUAUGUUCCUUAUCUUGAAAACAAUAAUUGGGACUUUUGCUGGACUGAUAAUGCUGUUCUACCAGAAACACUCUCUAAAAUGCAACGUAUAGUUCUAAUGUUUAUGAUAAGCUCACCAAAGAAUAAAUCAUUUUCCAGGUAUGUAUUCUUUGGCGAGAAAAAAUCACCUUGGUCGUAAUCUAAAUAAAAUGUAAAAAUAAUAUCCAGAAGAAUACGAUUUUUACCCAAGAACUUGGAUGCUUCCAAGUGAAUAUGGUGAUUUUAAAGCAUAAUUUCAGAAAGGGAAAGCUAAGACUUUUAUUGUAAAACCAGAAGCUUCUUGUUAAGGAAAAGGUAAUCUAUUAAUUUAAUAAUAACGAAAGGAAUAUUUUUGACUCGCUCAAUAGAUUCUAUUAAUCCUUAAGAACAUUAUGUUGCUUAAAGAUAUAUACAUAAACCUUUAUUAAUAGAUGGAUUGAAAUUUGAUUUAAGAAUGUAUGUAAUGAUUUGUGGUUGUGAUCCAUUAAGGAUUUACUUAUAUAAAGAAGGAUUAGCUAGAUUUGCUACUUAAUUGUAUUCAUCACCACAUUCAACUAAUCUUGAUGAUGUUUGUAUGCAUCUAACUAAUUAUGCUAUCAAUAAAGACAACCCCAAUUUCAUAUUCAAUGAAGAUGAUAAAAAAAUGGAUAUAGGACACAAAAGAAGCAUGACUAGUGUUUUUGAAUUUUUAAGACUUUAAGUAUAUUUAAUAACAUUUUAUUUAGAAAUAAAAUGUUGAUUUAUUGUUGAGUGAUAUCAAAGAUUUAAUUAUAAAGACUUUUUGUGCUGUUUAACCCAUACUCUAAUAAAAUUAUACAUAAAUAGAAAAUUAUGCAAAUAAUAUGUGUUUUGAAAUUCUUGGUUUUGAUAUAUUAAUUGAUAGUUCCUUAAAACCUUACUUAUUGGAAGUUAACCACACUCCUAGUUUCACAACUGAUACUCCUUUAGAUUCUUACAUCAAAAAGAAUUUAAUUCGAGAUGCUAUUACACUUAUGAAUAUCAAUGUUAAAACAAAGAAUGAUAUAAUUUCAUAAAAGAAGGACUAAAUGUAAAAACGAGUACUUACAGGAAAAAAGACUAAACUAUCUUAUGAAGAAAAAAAAGUACUGAAAAUGUAAGCAUAAAAAGAAAGAGAUGAAUAUGAAUUUAAAAACAAAGGGGAUUUUGAACUGAUAUAUCCUUGUGAUAAAUCCUAUGAUGAAUACUUAUUACAUGCCUAAAAAUUAUAUGAAGAUUGGACUGGAGCAAGUUAAUUUAUUCAUUUAUAUUUAUAGAUAUUAGAAGAAACUUAAAAAGAGAUACUAUAUCUGAAUAACCUAAACCAUAGUCUUGUUCUUAGAAACCAAUAAAUAACUAAAAAAACUAAUUGUAUAAGCAUGUUUAAAGCAAAGUCAAUACUAAUCUAUAUCCUAUAAAAACUACCAAAGCUGAUUAAGAAAUCACUUAAGAAGAACCAGAAUAAAAUAUAUAAUAAGUACCAGAACCUAUUUAAUCUUAACCUCAGUUAGAACCUGAUAAUUUUGUUACCUAUGAAGAUUAUCAGUAAUCAGAUUCACUUAAAGAUUUAUAUAAUUUUGCUGAAAAGAGAAUUCCAGAAAUUUAACUUAUUGAUUUAAUUUAAUUUAGAAGGGCUGAAAGCAAAUAAGACAAUUCUAGUUUUUAGAUUAUUUAAAUGAGUCAAUAAAAUUCAUUAUCAAACUUGUCUCCUUUAAUGUAAAUUAAAUCAAUACAAGAUUAAAAAAAUGAAAAGAAGUUUUCUAUCAGGAAAAAAAAUAAAUAACCUAAAUAGAUUGAUUAAGAAUAAGUAAAUUAAAUAAAUUAAUUUAGUUAUACUUUUAACCAUAAUCCCAUUAUUAACCUUCAAUCUAAUAGCAUUCUAUUUCUUAUUAAUAAUAAGUAUAGAUGUAAAACGGAUCAUUUGUCAAACCCAAAGUCUUUAGCUUAAAAUUAUAACAUCCUCCUAAGGGAUAUAAAUUAUAAUCACUACCGAUUUUAAUGUAAUAAAAUUAUACAAAAUAACGGUAUGAAUAAGGUGUAUGA